AUGCCGAAGCAAGAAGUUUAUCACCUCCAUUCCUUCGGGUGGGAGAACGAUCCAGAGGAGGAAAAGCUCAAGCUCUCUACCCUCGACUAUAUCUCGCUCAGCACAUACAACAACUAUUGCCUCUUCUUCAGGCUUGAUGAUGCUCUCAAACCCAGAGCUGUUCAAGUCCUCAAAGAAAGGCUCGAGCGGACGUUGAGCCAGGCCAGAUACCUGGUUGGCAGAAUCGAAAGAGAUCCCGAGGGCGGCCAUCACAUCUUGAGGAAGAGAGACGACACGGUUGAGUUCCACGUACAAUGGCUCGACGCCCCUGAGGAUGCAGCCAAGUAUCCAUCCAUCGACGACAUGGAGCGGACGCACUUCAGUACCGUGACUCUGGGUGACCUCAAGCAAUGGAGCGUCUUGCCCAUGACUUUCGGAGAGAGCCCCGAGGCACACAUUGAGAACCAUCCCACCGUGUCCGCCUUCAAGAUGAACUUCGUUCGGGGUGGCAUGUUGUUCCACAUGCACCAUCACCAUUUCGCCGCCGACGUCAUGGCCUGGUACGGCUACGCAAGGCAGAUAGCCGAGAACUGCCACGCCAUCUUCAACGGAACACCAUUCCCAUCCUGGGACCCUGCAGCCCUCGAUCUCUCACGCCUUUGCAAGCCCCAGCCGUCACCGGAAGCCAUGAUCACCGUGCCUCCGAGAGUACAGCGCCAUCCAGCUCAUACCAAGGGCGUGUCACUGCUCUUCCACCUCCCCAAGAGCAAGGCGGCCAAGCUAAAGAACCUCUGCGCGCCCGCGGACGGCUUGGUCCCCUUCAUCUCCACCUACGACUGCGUCAACGCCUUCAUCUACCGCACCCUAACCCGUCUCCGCGCCCCCGUGUACAACUACCCCUCCGACACCAAGCUCUUCUGGGGCGAAACUAUCGACAUGCGUCGGCGCCUCCAGAACCCCAAACCCGCCCCCCGCGUCCGCGGCAACGUCAUGUUCUGCGCCCUCUCUACCAACUCCGCCUGGGCUUCCGAAUGGUCCCUCUCCAGGCUGGCGACCUACAUCCGGCAGAUGACGGACAGCGUGACGCCCGAGGCGCUGGACACGGCGCUCGAGAUGGUGAACAUCGUAAGCAACAAGGCAGAUCUGGGCCUGAGCGUGGACGGGACGCCGCCCAUGUCCAUUAUGACGACGGAUCAUCGCGAUUGUCACUUUGGCGAUGUGAGCUUUGGGUUUGGCACGCCGUUGGCGUAUCGCCUUCUGGCGGAUUGGAUCAUGAAUGGGCUGGUUUUGUUUUAUCCGCCGAGGGAUUUGUCGCCGGAGUCGGAUGAGGGGGUUGAGUUUAUUGUUUACUAUGAGAAGACGUUGGUGAAGGCGCUGAUUGAGGAUCCGGAGUGGUGCGAGUUUAUGGAGUAUAGGGGUGUGGAGGCGGAGGAUUCUGUGGUGAGGGAGGGUGAUGAUGAGGAAGACGGUGAGGUUGUUGAGAAGGUUAUGGUGGCGGGGGAUAAGAAGGGGUGGAUGGAGACUGUGACGGUGGAGGAAGUGCCACCUACGCCUAUCGCGUAA